AUGGCUCCGGCAACGGAGGCGGAGGUCGGUAAGGCCUUAUUUAUGAUGUCCCCGAAUAAGGCACCUGGGCCGGAUGGAAUGACAGCUUUGUUUUUCCAGAAGGCGUGGCGAGUCGUCAAGGAGGAUCUUGUGGCCAUGGUAGACCGGUUUUUGAAAGAGGGUGUUUUUGAUAAAAGUUUGAAUAGGACGCAUAUCUGCUUAAUCCCGAAGCGGCUAAAACCAAUAUUACCCGAUCUUAUCUCGGAAACACAGACCACUUUUGUUCCAGGCCGUCUGAUCUCGGAUAACAUCCUCAUCGCCCAGGAGAUGUUUCAUGGGUUAACAACAAAUCCAUCGUGUAAAGGGAAGUUUAUGGCGAUCAAAACAGAUAUGAGCAAGUAUGAGGCUGUUUCGGGUCAGCAAAUAAAUUUUGCCAAGUCUUCAAUCCAAUUUGGUCAUAAGGUGGAUGAGGCUGUGCGGACGGUGAUGCAUGGGGUGUUGGGGAUAUCAAAUUUGGGAGGCAUGGGAUCAUAUCUAGGGUUACCGGAGAGUUUGGGAGGGUCCAAGACAAAGGUUUUUUCUUUUGUUCGGGACAAACUUCAAAGUCGAACGACGGGUUGGUCGGCAAAACUCUUCUCCAAAGGGGGAAAAGAGGUGAUGAUAAAGUCGGUAGCUCCAGCGGUUCCAAAUUUUGUAAUGUCGUGCUUCCGGUUACCGAAAACAAUAACGUCAAAACUCACGAGUGCAGUGGCGAAUUUUUGGUGGAGUACUACAGGACAGGCUGGGGGGAUGCACUGGUUAGCUUGGGAUAAGCUCUGUUGUAGUAAGCAGUUGGGAGGUUUGGGUUUUAGGCAUGUUGAUGAUUUUAAUUCAGCAUUGCUGGCAAAGCAACUGUGGCGGCUGAUUGAGGCUCCGAACACACUGUUUGCUCGGGUUUUCAAGGGCAGGUACUAUCGGAAUUCUAAUCCUAUGGAACCGAUACGGUCUUAUUCUCCAUCUUAUGGGUGGAGGAGCAUUAUUUUUGCUAGAUAUUUGGUUAAUAAAGGGCUUAUUAUACGGGUUGGUUCGGGAGAGUCCAUUUCAAUAUGGACGGAUCCAUGGGUACCAGCUCAAUCCCCAAGACGAGCGUUUAGUAAGGGUCCUCUUAAGGAUUCUUCUCUUCAAAUUUCUCAUUUAAUUGAUUGUCACAUGAAUACUUGGCGUAUGGAUAUGCUCAAGGAGCAUUUUGCCCCGGAAGAUGUUGAUCUGAUAGGGGCUAUACCUUUGGAAAGUUGUCGGCCACAAGAUUCCCUGGGUUGGCAUUUUACAAAAUCUGGAAAGUAUACAGUUAAAUCUAGGUAUGACACGGAGCUUUUUGCUGCAUCACGGCUUAGUACGGUAUCUCGGUCGGGUCUAGAGAUUACUCCUCUCUUGGCUGGUGUCUGGGGUGCUCACUGUCCACCGAAAAUUAAACGUUUUAUGUGGCAGGUCUUGACAGGGUGUAUUUUGGUUUCGGCAAAUCUGCGGCGACGGGGAAUUGCGUGUGAUUCAGGGUGUGUACGGUGUGGGGCAGAGGAGGAAACAAUAAAUCAUGCUAUUUUCUGCUGUCCACCGGCCCGACAGGUUUGGGCUUUAGCUCAGGUUCCCGUAGGUCCUGACUCUCUCCCGACGGAGUCUGUGUACGCUAAUGUGGAUCAUUUCUUAGACUCUACUAAUCCGGGUUCUCAAAUAAAAAAUUUUCCGUGGCUCAUGUGGUAUAUUUGGAAAGCGCGAAAUGCUCGCGUUUUUGAGGAUGUAAUGGAUAAUCCCCUGGACGUAGUCCGGUUGGCGGAGGGAGAGGCGAAUGCCUGGCUGCAGGCCCAGGUGGAGGUUGAGGAUGAGGAUCGUCCCAAUCCUUCCCUUGUCCCUAAUUCUAGACAAAGGGAGUCCACAAGCUCCCUCCCCAACUUUUUUACGGGUUAUCGGUGUUUCGUUGAUGGCUCUUGGAAAGCGACUGACGCUCUUGCAGGUGCAGGUUGGGUUUGUUCUUCCUCACAAGAUUCGAGGUCAACCAUGGGAGCAACCAAUUUCCGACGAAGUUUGUCUCCUCUACAUGCUGAAAUAGAAGCUUUCAUUUGGGCUAUGCGGUGCAUGAUCGGACAUGACUACACAGACUGUUCUGACUUGGUGAAGAUGGUGUCUUCUCCUCACGACUGGCCGGCUUUCACCCCCUACCUCGACGACAUCAAGAUAGAUCAAGCGGAGUUUUCUUCCUUUUCCCUAUCUCUCGUUCCCCGUAAUGCGAAUGUAAGUGCGGAUUCUUUGGCACGCCAAGCGCGUCUGUCUUCGCAGCAUGUUUUGUUUGUAAACAAUUUACCCCCUAAUUGGCUUUUUUGA